GACAGAGACGGUGUUCAUUGCAGAAGUUCUCAUCUCUAAACCCUAGAAAAUUUCCAAAAAUCGGAUCUUUCCACCGCCUGAGAAAAUUUCUCCUCAAAAGUCUUAAACCCAUUAUUUUUCUUUGCAUCUUCUUUGCUUCCCUGUGAUCUUUUGCUUUCUGUUUUCUCCUUAGUCUCGCAAUCAAAGAACAGUAUUUCCCUGUAAAGGAUGGAUCCGCAAGGGCAUAGCCAGCCUAUGGGGGUUUCUGGUGCUGGAGCUCAAAUGACUUAUGCUGCAAACCCCUAUCAGAAUCAAACAACUGGCUCAAAUCCAGGGCCAGUUGUAACAUCAGUGGGGGCAAUUCAAUCAACCGGGCAGGCAGCAGGAGCUCACCAGCUUGGUUAUCAGCAAAUCCACCACCAGCAGCAACAGCAGCUGCAGCAACAGCUUCAGACUUUCUGGGCACAACAGUAUCAGGAGAUUGAGAGAGUCAAUGAUUUCAGGAACCAUUCCCUUCCCCUAGCAAGGAUCAAGAAGAUCAUGAAGGCUGAUGAAGAUGUGAGAAUGAUUUCGGCUGAGGCCCCAGUUGUGUUUGCCAGGGCAUGUGAAAUGUUCAUCUUGGAAUUGACAUUGCGUUCUUGGAACCACACUGAAGAAAACAAAAGGAGGACUCUUCAAAAGAAUGAUAUAGCAGCCGCAAUCACUAGGACUGAUAUUUUUGACUUUUUAGUUGACAUUGUUCCAAGAGAGGAUCUGAAAGAUGAAGUACUUGCAUCAAUCCCAAGGGGAACAGUGCCUGUUGGGGGCCCCGCUGAUGGUCUUCCAUACUGCUAUAUGCCUGCUCAGCAUGCACCUCCAGUUGGAACUGCUGGGAUGAUCAUGGGCAAGCCUGUGAUGGACCCUGCUAUGUAUGCUCAACAGUCUCAUCCCUACAUGGCACAGCAGAUCUGGCCACAGGGUCAAGAGCAACAGCAAUCAUCUUCGAAUCAUUAGUGGCUAUAGCAUGUAAGUUAAGAAGGUAAGGUGUUGUAUAUUUUCAAGUAAUUUGGCAUUUUACAUUCGACCUGCAACUUUCUUGCCUUUACUUACUCAGAAUAUACUUCGACAGAUGUU